GUGGCCGGAGCUAGCCCGGCCGGGGGGCUCCCUGUUCGCCCGCCUCUCGGAGCCAUGGCUGAGGAGGGCGCCGUGCCGCCUCACCUGUUGCUGCCCCCAGGGCUUCUGGAGCUGUGCGCGCUCCUGGGAGUCCCCCGGGAGAGCCUCCGCGACGUGGAGCAGGUUGCCCAGAAGAAGGGAACGAAAAAUCUUCUUCUUGAGCCCGAGGUCCUUUCUGUUUUUGUGCCUCCGUUCAUCAGUAAAGAGGACAGUUCAACAGCUAGUGCCAGUUGUACUAAUCUGAAUAAAACAAGAAGACGAUCUUUCAGGAAAAAAAGGGACAAGCUCAGAACUGAAUAUUUGAAGAGCCCCCAAGGAGAUCAGAAAGCACCUGAAGCAGAAGAUGUUAGCAUUCCAAACGGUGUUGAUCUGAGUGCUUUGCCACAGCUCUGCUUUCCAGGAGGACUUUGUGUAGCUUCCAAACCCAAGGAAAACCGGGUACAUUUCCUGGUCCUUACUGAUGUAUGUGGGAACAGAACAUAUGGCGUGGUUGCACAAUACUACAAACCUGUACAAGAUGAACACUGCUUCUACAAUGGCAAAACCCACUGGGAAUCACUCGGGCAGACCAUACACGGUGUUAACUGCUUUGUGCCUUUUGCUAUUUGUCUUAUCUCUAGAUAUCCGUAUUAUAACGCCUUCAGAGACUGUCUUUCUUGUUUAUUGGAACAACUGAAACUUUGUAAGGAUUUUGAUGUCGAUGAGCGAAUAAAAGAUUUUGCUGCAAAAUUAUCUUUAAUCCCUAGUCCUCCGCCUGGACCACUCCAUCUGGUAGUUAACAUGAAGCCACUACAGGUAGUGUUUCCUUCACGGGCAGAUCCUGACAGUCCCAUUAUUGACCUGGACCUUCAUCUUCCCUUACUGUGCUUCAAACCUGAGAAGGUACUACAGAUCAUAACCUGCAUUUUAACUGAACAGCGGAUUGUUUUUUUCUCUUCGGAUUGGGCUCUGCUCACUCUCAUUGCUGAGUGCUUCAUGUUGUAUCUUCACCCUAUUCAGUGGCAACACACCUUUGUACCCAUUCUUUCUGGUCAGAUGCUAGAUUUUGUAAUGGCUCCUACGUCUUUCCUCAUGGGUUGUCAUCUUGAUCACUUCGAAGAAGUUAGCAAGGAAGCAGAUGGCUUAAUCCUAAUAAAUAUUGACAACGGAAACAUUACCUAUUCCAAAUCUUUGGAUGAUGAUAACAGUGAUAUUGAUAUUCCAGACAUCCCUUUCCAAGCUGCCCAGACAUUCAUUCAAAGGGUAGAAAGCCUUCAGUUGCAUUAUGAUCUAGAACUCUCACAUCUAAUGCCCAGCACAAAUUUAAGCGAGGUCCAAGCGCGAAGAAGGGCAUGGCAACAAAAACAGAAUUUGGAAAUGCAGCAAAUUACCUUACAACUGAUUGUUAACAUCUUCAGAGAAGUAAAAAACCAUCUUAAUUAUGAACAUAGAGUGUUCAAUAGUGAAGAAUUUCUCAAAACGAGAGCACCAGGGGAUCAUCCAUUUUAUAAAAAGGUGUUAGAGACCUACAUAUUUCAUUCUUUUCUUAAAGCUCGUCUUAACAGAAGAAUGGAUGCAUUUGCUCAAAUGGAACUUAGCACUGAGUCUGAAGAAGACAGAAUGAAUGUCAUGCUUUUAAGCCCAAGAAGACCAACGAUUGAGAAAAUGGCUUCUCGAAAAAUUUCCCCUCAGAACAUAAUUAACAGACGAAUGGUAAUGAGCAUGCCAAAUCUAUGCGAAGUAACAAUACCUGAGUUACCCCCAAGGAAUUCAUCACUUCGGAAAAUAGAAACUGUGAAUAGUUGUAAAGGCAAUAAUGCAGUUCCGAAGCUGACCUCCAAAUCAGUGUACACAUUCAAGAUACCAGAAAUACAUUUUCCACUGAUGAGUCAGUAUGUUAAUUCCUACUAUGCUGAUUUUAUCAACCUUCUGAGUAAGGCUAUCAAUUUCCCACCAUCUGAUAACUCUGUGCUGCUGGCUAGGUAUCUCUACCUUCGAGGACUCAUUAAUUUAAUGCAAGGAAAACUCCUGGGUGCACUUUCAGAUUUUCAGAGUCUAUACAAAACAGACAUAAGUAUUUUUCCUGCCGAUCUUGUAAAUAGAAUGGUAGCGUCAAUGUCUUCUUCUGAGCGUUCCCAAGCUGAGCGGCAGCCCGAGCUCAAAAGACUCAUUAGUGAAAUAAUAGAAAAACCAAGAGAAGUCACGAAGGUAGAUGACCACGUUAAAAACUUUGAGUUACCAAAGAAGCAUAUGCAUCUGGAUGAUUUUGUGAAGAGAAUACAGGAAUCGGGAAUUGUGAUGGACAUCAAAAUUAUCCACCGGUUGUUUGAAUCACUGACUGUAGGGCACCAGAAGCAGAUUGACCCUGAAACAUUCAGAGAUUUCUACAACUACUGGAAAGAGACAGAGGCAGAGGCCCAAGAAGUCAAUCUUCCACCUGAGGUUAUUAAGCACCUAGAUAAAAAUGAAUGUGUCUACAAACUGUCAAGCUCGGUGAAAACAAACCUCGGAGUGGGGAAAAUAGCCAUGACACAGAAGCGCUUGUUCCUGCUUACAGAAGGAAGACCUGGCUAUGUGGAAAUCUCCACCUUCAGAAAUAUAGAGGAAGUGAAAAGUACAACUGCAACCUUUCUGCUUCUGAGAAUACCUGCUCUGAAAAUUAAAACACUUUCCAAAAAGGAGGUCUUUGAGGCUAAUCUUAAAACAGAGUGUGAUCUCUGGCACCUGAUGGUGAAGGAGAUGUGGGCUGGAAAGAAAAUGGCUGAUGAUUAUAAGGAUCCCCAAUAUAUCCAACAGGCACUGACCAAUGUUUUGUUAAUGGAUGCUGUGGUUGGCGCACUUCAGACAUCAAAUGCCAUUUAUGCUGCCUCCAAAUUAGCUUAUUUUGAUAAAAUGAAGACUGAAAUGCCUAUGUCAGUUCCAAAAACAACUUCAGAAACACUGAAGCAUAAAAUAAACCCCUCCUUAGGAGAAACUUGCCCUCAAGCCAUAGAUAUCUUGUUAUAUACACCAGGACAUCUUGAUCCAGCAGAAAAGAUUGAAGAUGCCCAUCCCAAACUGUGGUGUGCUCUAAGCGAAGGCAAAGUGAUUGUGUUUGAUGCAUCAUCCUGGACAAUCCAUCAGCAGUCCUUUAAAGUGGGCACGGCUAAGUUGAAUUGUAUGCUGAUGGCAGAGCAGAAUCAAGUUUGGAUCGGUUCUCAGGAUUCUAUUAUUUAUAUUAUUAACAUUCGUAGUAUGUCCUGUAACAAGCAACUCACUGAUCAUCGCUCUAGCAUCAUGGACUUAAUCGUAGACGAUGGAAACAAAGAAUCUAGCAGCAGUGAAGUCUAUUCAUGCAGUUUGGAUGGAGUCAUCAUUGCUUGGAAUGUCAGUACCCUGAAAGUGAAUAGGAGAUUUCACCUGCCGUGCCAAACUCUGACUUCCUUUAAACUUCAUAAUGGCUGCCUUUGGUGCUGCGUAGGCCGGAGCAUUAUGGUUGUGACAACAUAUGGAUUUCUUCGACAAGAACUGAAAAUUGAUGAGCUCUUGAAGGAAAUCUGCACCUCUUUCCUCUGUUUCCAUCUGGUUCCCGAGCAAGACCAGGUCUGGGCAGCAUGUGCUGGAAACAGAGACAUUUAUGUCUGGAACAUAAAGGACUUCUCAAGGCCACCUCACAAAAUUCAGCUGCAAGACUGUUCAGAGAUCAGCUGUAUGAUCAAAGUAAAGAAACAGAUCUGGGUUGGCAGCAAAGGACUGUCCCAGGGAAAAUCCAAGGGAAAAAUCUAUGUGAUUGAUUCUGACAAGAAAACUGUGGAGAAAGAACUGGUGGCCCAUGCUGACACGGUGAAGGCUUUAUGUUCAGCCGAGGACCGAUACGUACUCAGUGGUUCAGGCAAAGAGGAAGGAAAGAUUGCUAUUUGGAAAGUUGAAUAAUAUUUAGCCCUUCCAAAUGUGUUUCCCACAGACCAUCAGUAGGAUGCCCAGAAAAUAGGACUGUUGGGGAGUGGGGGGGGGGUGAAAUUAAACAAACAUAUACCUUUGCUGUUCUCAUACAUUCAUCAUUUUUUUGUGUGUGUGAGGCAAUUGGGGUUAAGUGACUUGCCCAAGGUUACACAGCUAGUAAGUGUUAAGUGUCUGAGGCCGGAUUUGAACUCAGGUACUCCUGAAUCCUGGGCUGGUGCUCUAUCCACUGCGCCACCUAGCUGCCCCCCUUUUUUUUUUCAUUCAUCAUUUUUUUAAAGUGGAAGGAACCUUAGAAGUCCUUUUGUCUGACUCAUUCAUUUUAUUGAAGCCCAGAAAAGGGAAGUGACUUAUUUAAAGUUACAGAACUGUGACUAAACUCUGCCAUGAUAUUUUAUAUUCACAUUGCCAAGACAAUUACAGCCUUUGCCAGAUUAAGUUAUGCUCUGGUCCUUUUUCUGGAAUAGGAAGUAGCCUAAGACUUGACUGUGAAUGUGAAGGAGUGUCGACAUUUAGCAGCCAAAUCUUACUUACCUGGAAUCCCCAACACACACACACACACACACACACACACACACACACACACACACACACACACACACUAUCAGACUUAAAACCAUUAGCUCCAAGAUUAUCCAUAUGGUGAAUUCUUGGCUAUGUUUGAAAACCCCAUUAACAAUGGUGCUGGGACUUGUAAAUACAAAUUGGAAAGCUUUCUGACCAAAUCUGAAUGAGAUGCCUGGGUGUUGGAAUAGUCACAGAUUUGUGAUUAACUGUUCUAUAUUUCUGUAUGUUUUGGUUGCAUUUUUCAGGUGGGUUUCAUGAGCUAUCUUGUUUUCAUCAUUCAUCGUAUGUGACCAUGCUUAUGACUGCCCCGUAUGGACAGCAGGGUCACGGCUGAUCAGACUGGUUAUUUGUGUCCUACCACCGAUGGCCAAUGCCUGCAUUGUUUAUUUAAGGACCUCCUCACUUAUGUAAUGAAGAAACUUUCAUAAAUAUUUUACGUGUCUCCAGUUAUUACUUGGAUAGCAAGAUUCUUAUGUAAGGGUAGUACUUUUCAAAAAGCACACAGAACCACAAAAUACACUUUUUUUUUUUUUGGUUUUUCAGUGAGGCAAUUGGGGUCAAGUGACUUGCCCAGAGUCACACAGCUAAUAAGUGUUAAGUGUCUGAGGCCGGAUUUGAACUCAGGUACUCCUGACUCCAGGGUCAGUGCUCCAUCCACUGCGCCACCUAGCUGCCCCCCACAAAAUACACUUUUAAACUCUCGAAUAUCUAGCCUUCUGGUCAGUUGUUAACCUCACCUCUGUAGAAGCUGCCUACCAGGUAUACAGGGACAACUUUAGGACUUUUUUUUUCUAUGCUUAUUUACAUAUGUAUAUGGUGCUGCAUUAUUUAAAUUAAGGAGAAAAAAGAAGUUUAAGAUCAAUAUUAAAAAUGUUGAUAUUUCAGUGGUUUGAUGAUCUCUGGGUUUUUUUUGGUUUUGGGGGGUUUUUUUUGGUAGGGCAAUGGGGGUUAAGUGACUUGCCCAAGGUCACACAGCUAGUAAGUGUCAAGUGUCUGAGGCCGGAUUUGAACUCAGGUACUCCUGAAUCCUGGGCUGGUGCUUUAUCCACUGCGCCACCUAGCCACCCCCAAUGAUCUCUGUUUUCAUCAGUGUGAGUGCUCUCACUAUUCAUACAAACCAAAAUUCUUCUGUUCUUUAGUAGACAGUUACAUGCUGCAAACACUGUCAAGCCAAAGGGUCCACAGUCCCAGCCUUUCAAGGUUGGUGUGGAACUUUCUAGAGCUUGCCUUUUUCUGACAUAAACUUCAAGCCCCCUGGCUCACCCUUGUGCCCAGAGGAAGCCCAGCAAGAGGAUUUUCAUGGAGACUGAAGGCAAUUUGCAAUAAUUCUUAUGUUGGGACUGCAUUCUCUUAUUGGAGAAGAAGGAAUAAAGUCCAGGACAAAGUGGAUACGACAGAAACAAAUGCUUUUUUUUUGGUUCAUUAGAAGGAUUUUAUAGUUUGGCCGUGUCACAUGGGCAGCAUCAGAGAGAACACAGCGCACACACUGCAAUGAGUGUGUGUCUCUGUGUGAGUAUCCAUCUCAGGGACUAUUUACUCUCCUAGAGCUGCUAUUUGAAUACUAAGGCAUCCAUCCCUUAUUCCUGGGGUUCCUGGUGAAGUUUCUUUAGUAGGUGGAAACAAGACUAGCUUUUCCUGAGCUGUUUAGGGCUUUCUCUCCAUUAUGUCAGACAUAAUGGAUGAAAACUGAAAUCUUGAGUCCAAAGGCCAUGUGUCCAAUCACCAUGGUCCAGUUGUUUAGACAAAGUCAAUAAUUGACCCAUUUCUUUCUCUUCCUACUGCCCCUCUCCCCACUGAAUCCAAAAUUUUUAUUUUUCAGACAUGACCCUUAUAUACAGGUCUACCCACCCCGAUAUCAGUAAUUGAUUCCUCAAAAAUAGGAAAUUAGGUGAUAAAGUAGGUGGAGUACUGGUGACUUGGAGCUAAAAAGACAUGAAUUCAAAUCCUGCCUCAGAUACUGCCUAACUGUGUGACCCUGGGCAAGUCACAACCCCUUUACACUUCAGUUUCCGCUAUAAAAUGGGGGUAAUAAUAGCACCUGCCUCCCAGGAUUGUUGUGACGAUCAAAUGAGAUAACAUGUAAAGCACUUUGAAAACCUUAAAGUGUUAUAUAAAUGCUAUCUAUUAUUGUCACUGUAUAUAGGGUCAGAGUGAAGAUCAAGUAAGAUGAUAUAUGUAAAUGACUUUGCAACUUAACAGGCUAUAUAAUUGUGAACUCUUCCCAUUAUCAGCUCCACAGAAGCAAUGUUAGGAGCAGACACAUCAAUGAAUCAGUUAACAUUUAUUAAGGUGUGCUUGGCACUGUGCUAAGUGUUGGGGGUACAAAAAGAAACCAAAUACAGGCCCUGCCCUCGAGGUGCUUACAAUCUAAUGAGUUUUACCUGAUAACAUGAUAAACCUGAGAUUUUGAAAAAAUCUUAUCAGUGAUACAUUUACAUUUUUUUUGUGAGGCAAUUGGGGUUAAGUGACUUGCCCAGGGUCACACAGCUAGUAACUUUCUGAGUGUCUGAGGCCGGAUUUUAUCAGUGAUACUAUUGCAGGAAGACCUUGAUCACUGCAUCUUUAAAUGGGCUGAGCCUGUAAAUGUGUCAGCCCUGAUGUGAUAGACCCUGAGUAAUUUAAAUGUGCUUCUGAGAAUGCUAUUUCCUCACUUGUCUUGUUGUGAGGAUCAAAUGAGAUAACAUGGAUAGAACUUUGGAAACCUUAAAGGGCUAUAUAAAUGCUAUCUAUGGAGC